AUGGACACCUUCGAAGAACCAGAAUGUCCUCCACAUAAACCUCGUGCAUUUGUAAAAUCAACGAAAGAGUUUGAGGAUUAUCCAAACAACGCAAUCGUUCCUGUCCAGUUCGUGUCGCUUUUAACUUCAAUACGAUUGACUGAAACAAAAUGUUUGUUGGGAUUUUCUAAUUUUGAAAGUGGGAAAGAUCAGGCGAAACAAUGUUACACAGUCAAGUUAAAGUUCAAAGACAAAAAUACAGAAAGGUUAGCAAGAAUGACAAUAUCCUUGGUUUGUCGAUAUUUCGACAUCGAAUUACCAGAUUUAGAUUUGGACACAGAAUCAUGCUCUACAUUUAUACUGGAGGAUAUUCAUUUCGAAAGGCUGUGCUUUGCGAGCUGCAAAACCUUAUACGUGUCGCAACACGGGAACUACACCCUAUUUUUGGAAGACAUCAAGCCAUUGGAUUUAGCAUACGUCAUAAACACCUUAUCAAAAGGGCCUAAAAACUGUAGCAACGGAGUUUCUUUAUCGGCACCAAAUGUAGGGCCGAAUUUGAAGGAAUCCCUCGCGACUAUUUUCGACAAUUUGAUUACAAUGAACAGAGAUCAGAAAAACAGUUUUAAGUUUGUGAAGUUGAUACACUAUGAUACAGAGGUCAAAGAGUUUAUCCAAGAACGACAAAGGCUUCUAUUACGGAAAUCAAAGCCCAACCCAGUCGAUCCCUUUUUUGUUCCCCACAGAUUGGGCGCUGCUUCUCUUGAAUCGCAGAAUGAAUUCAACUCGCAGCUUAUGACGCUCAAUGUAGAUGAAGAAGUUACAAACACGAGCAGCACAAGAGACGACCUGGAUGCGCACUCGGACCCCAUUGAGGAUUCUGACGUUUCAUCAUCCUCUUCUACGGGCACGUUUCUAAGCUCUAGAUCGUAUAUCCAGUCGCAGACUCCUGAAAGGAAAACUAAAGUACCCAACGACUGGCCCCACCAUGGUUCAGAAAGAAAAAAAAGAAAACUGUCUUUCACGGACCGUACGGCUCCUUCAUCACAACUCGGUAUCGAUUAUGAACGGCUUUCCAUGGCCAGCUUAGGCUCGAUGGAAAGAUUCGAGGGGAAGUUUGUCGGGAUGUACCCGCCCGAGUUCCACAGUGUGGAUGAAUUUAAGCAUUGCACUCUAAAACUGUAUUUCACACCAUUGCCGCUAUCCGCGGGCUUGGACCGAGUACUGGUACCGGGUGUGAACUGCCUCGAGAUCAUACUCCCUACCGUUGAACGAAUCCGUGACCUGUUUGGUAGUUUGAACUGUCAAAGCGACAAGAUAUCAGCGAUUCUAUUAAUGGACAAACCGGGUCUGGUUACCGCAGAGAUUGAACGGAUUCUGUGGGACAAUGACGAAACCGUUAGUCCCGGCUUGGCGGUCUGGAGCUUGAAGAAUAUCCGCACUGACGCCCAUGCGCACCCGCCCGCGCCACUAGCAUCAUUACCGUCAAACCCGCCUCGAUUGAAGAUGCGGGAACUGGCCAAGAAGGACCCCACCAUCGAAUUCCGUGAGUUGGCGUUGAGCGCGUUCGAUACCAAGUUCGUCACCAUGUUCGGCAUGGUGGUGUCUUGCUCCUUUGACAAGCCUGCGUUCGUCUCGUUUGUCUUCACCGAUUUUACCAAGAACGACAUCACCCAGAACUACCUCUACGACAGAUACCUGGUGGACUACGAGGCCAAACUGGAGCUCGAUGAAGGCUUCAAAGCCAUCAUGUACAAGAACCAGUUCGAAGUGUUCGACUCCCGCAUCGAGAAAAUAUUCGGCAGGCGCCUUAAGGAUCUGCAGAACGGCAAUGACGAAAACGUGUCGCAGCACGGGAUAGUAUGCAGGAUGAACAUGAAAGUGAAAAUCUACAACGGCAAGCUGAACGCCAUCGUGCGCGAAUGCGUACCGAUCCCGUACGCCCAGGCAAACACCCUAGCGACGCCCACGCAGUUCGAGCAUCUGCGGUCGUUCUACCAGCGGGCAUUCGGCAGACUCGGCGAGUCUGCCAUCUCCCGCUACUUCGACCAGUACACUACGUUUUUCCCCAUACAAAGAAACAAGCACCACCUCGCGGAACUGCAACCCGCCGCGGCAAAACACAGCCCAGAACCGGCACCGUUACAGACCGCACCACCCCUCAGGGAAGAGUACAUCCCGGACCUGAACGCAGACGUCGAGUCCUUCGACGUCGAGUUCACUGACAUCUUCCCGCUCCUCCACUCUUUGACCCGCGGCCGCUCACUGCAACCGCAGCCGCACAAGAACCACACGCUGUACAGCUGCGAGGGCCGCGUCGUCGCCAUCGAGUGCCACCCAACGGACCUCUGUUUCCACAUCACGGAUGAACUUACGCCCUCGCAAACCCGUGGCCCGGAUCCGCAACGUGUGCUGCAAUUGCACAUCACUACUCCCAAGAACCUCGCGUACUUUUUCAACCGCACAAGCGCUUUCCUACAGAGCCAGGACCUCGACGGAAGACACACACAACUGGCGCAGUUUCUGGGACACCGAUUCAAGUUCAACAUAACCUCCUCGCGGUUGCUGCUGCCGGCGGCAGCAGCAGCAGCAGCAACAGCAUUGCAGAUCUGGUGUCCCAUCGAAUGCACUUUCCAGGAAUUGCAGCAGCAGCACGCCUACACGGCCGCAGCAGCAGCCGGUUCAGGGAGCCCUGGCGGAAUUAACGCUGAUCCACCGCGCCUACUUGCCGCGCUAGAUGGCGUCACCGUGAAAAGGGAGGACGCCGAUGACGCCGUGACCGCCGGGUUGUCCGCCUCGUGA